GGUGCGCAUGCGUGAGAGCUGAAGGCAGAACGGAGAUUGAGGGAAUUUGGAACUCGCUGACGAAGUGACAACACCUUGCUGACACAUGGCGAGGCGUGUGUGAGUAAAUAGCUACGAUUCACCGGAAAAGUAGAAAGGAUUUUGUCGCUGUCAUCGGACUGCAAUGUUGACGUUCCGCUCUGUACAUUUUGUUGAUCGUUUCACUAACGGGAUGGACGGACUUCAUUGAGUCAAAGGGAGCAACAUGAAAACUUGUCAGACGACCAGCUUCCAUAACUAGGAAACGGAAUAUGGACCAGGAAGGAAAAGCAACAAAAACGGCAAUAGGAUAUCUGGCCUCAAUAAUUUGGAAAACCUACCUGUGGGCUUGAUGAAGUACACCUUUAAGGAUUGCCACUGCGUUGGUUAUUAAGCGAUCAUUUUCCUUUCACAUACCAAGUUUGCUUAGGAACUUGUUGCGAGAAUACAGUUUUGGGAAUUAACGAUAACCCUGGCUGCGGUGCUAACGUUAGCAAGCAGUGCUAGUUUCGUAAAAAGUUAAUAAGUUGUCCCAAAAAUCAUCUUUGCGAAGAGACCAAAUGUAGGUCGGCUUUGGCUCAGUCAUAUUUUACAAUAGCAUGCACUUUAUGAAACUAAGUUUCGUAUAAUGCGACACAUUGGUUGUUGGUUAACGUAUGCUAUCAAAGUAUUAACGUUAAACCAAACUACUUCAAAUUUGGCCUGGAGUGCUUUCCCAUUCCAGCUCCAAUUGACAUUAGCUAUCGCUACCUUGCUAAGUAUCUAAGGUUAAGUUUAAACUUUGCGCUUUGUGGACUCGUUAUUGACAGCAAUCGAUUUGUUUCAGUUUUUGGAUUAAAAGUGAAGAAAUUAAGCAUACAUUUGCUUUAACUGGAUUGGUAGAAUAUUUUGGAGAGUUGCUCUUAACCAGUGUUACAUUUUGGUAGCUUGCCAGCCACAGGAUAGCCUGCUAGCUAACAUUAGCCUGCUAGAGUGGUGUUGGUAAGGACAGGGUAUUCAUUCAUUGCACUAGUUUGUUAUUUACAUGCUAACUUCUUGUUAGCUAUUGGAUAUGUCAUUCACUGUUACCUCUCAAUGGUAAUUUGCCAGACUCGACGUUGUUCUGACUUAGAUGAGCAAGAACAAACUGCAUGCGUUUGCUAAUAGUUAGCCUACUUGUUUACGAAAUCUCGUUAAAAAAGUGUCGGGGCUGGUUGCGAUGGCACGGAUUGAGAACGGUCGGCAGCCGGACGCUGUGAGCAUCCACACUGUUGGAAGUCAGUUUGAUGAAGAAAGUUCCUUCGGUUCCGACUCUGAGAUCAACGGCUUCGCCUCAGACCGACAGACGGAUAAAUAUGGAUUUAUUGGAGGCGCCCAAAAAUACUCCACCGAAAACGCCCAGGACGUCCCCCCAGAAGUGCUGCGACAGAGAGAAGUGAAGUGGCUGGACAUGCUGAACCACUGGGACCGCUGGCUCUUCAAGAGACACAAGAAGGUGCGGCUGCGCUGUCAGAAGGGCAUCCCGCCAUCGUUGCGUGGCAGGGCAUGGCUCUACCUGUCGGGGGGCAAGGUGAAGAAGGAGCAGAACAAGGGCACGUUCAAGGAGCUGGACAGCAUGCAGGGAGACCCCAAGUGGAUGGACGUCAUUGAGAGAGACCUGCACCGGCAGUUCCCCUUCCACGAGAUGUUCGUCUCUCGAGGAGGACAUGGGCAGCAGGAUCUGCUGCGUGUGCUGAAGGCCUACACGCUGUAUCGUCCAGACGAGGGCUACUGCCAGGCUCAGGCUCCCAUCGCCGCCGUGCUGCUCAUGCACAUGCCAGCUGAGGAGGCUUUCUGGUGCCUGGUCCAGAUCUGUGAGCGGUACCUGCCGGGUUACUACAGCGCUGGACUGGAGGCGAUCCAGCUGGACGGGGAGAUCCUGUAUGCGCUGCUGAGGCGUGUGUGUUCGGUGGCGUAUCGUCACCUGGAGAAGCACAAGAUCGAGCCCAUCCUGUACAUGACCGAGUGGUUCAUGUGCGCCUUCUCACGCACCCUGCCCUGGGCCUCAGUGCUGCGCGUGUGGGACAUGUUCCUGUGUGAUGGAGUGAAGAUCAUCUUCCGUGUGGGGCUGGUGCUGCUACGUAGCAUGCUGGGCACUAAGGAGAAGCUCAAGGCCUCUCAGGGUCAAUACGAGACCAUGGAGCUCCUUAGAGCCAUCGAGCCACGCUACAUGCAGGAGGCCUACCUAGUGCAUCAGGUGCUGGAGUGCGGGGUGUCGGUGCGUGACGUUGAGCGUUAUGUGUUAUUCAUGUUGCAGGUGCUGGAGUGUGUGUACAUGAUUAUGUGUUAUUCAUGUUCAGGUGCUGGAGUGUGUAUAGAUUAUGUGUUAUUCAUGUUCAGGUGCUGGAGUGCGUAUAGAUUAUGUGUUAUUCAUGUUCAGGUGCUGGAGUGCGGGGUGUCGGUGCGGGACGUUGAGCGGGAGCAUCAUGUGCAGCUGAAGCGUUGGCGUAAGCGGCACGGCGAGCUGAGCUACAAGUCGGCUCCCAGGAUGCACGGCGCCCUGGCGGUGAUGGCGGCGGAGCCCCACAGCAGGCAGGACCUGUUCCAGAACCCCACCAUCAUCGUGCAGAACCCGCUGCACCCCGCGACCUCCGACCCCACGCUGGCCCGCACCAAGAAGAGGGGCACCCUGCGCAAGAGCCCCAAGCCCGUCCCCGACAUCCCCAACCCCUACGCCCUGCCCUCCGACCCCAGGCUGACCCCUGCUGCCGCCACCUCCGACCCCAGGCUGACCCCUGCUGCCGCGCCCUCCGACCCCAGGCUGACCCCUGCUGCCACGACCUCCGACCCCAGGCUGACCCCUGCUGCCGCGACCUCCGACCCCAGGCUGACCCCUGCUGCCGCGACCUCCGACCCCUCCGACCCCAGGCUGACCCCUGCUGCCACGACCUCCGACCCCUCCGACCCCAGGCUGACCCCUCCUGAGGGGGCAGUAGAGUGUCCUGCAGCCCAGACGCCGCUGCUGUUGCCCCCCCCAUCUGCCCCCGCGCGCUCUCCGUCGCCCCACCCCCCCAUGUUCUACCAGCCGCCUCCGCAGCAGCCAAUCAGCAGUCAGCCCUCGCCCGCGCUGCAGCCAAUGAGCAGCCAGCAUCUGCCCCCCCAGCAGCAGCAGCAGCAGCAGGCCAACGGCCAGCCAAUCACCACGCAGCCUCAGCGCCAGCACCCGCCCAUGUUCUACCAGCCUCCGCCAAUCACAGAGAGCCCUGCAACACCGCCUCAGCCAAUCACAGAGAGCCCUGCAACACCGCCUCAGCCAACCACAGAGAGCCCUGCAACACCGCCUCAGCCAACCACAGAGAGCCCUGCAACACCGCCUCAGCCAACCACAGAGAGCCCUGCAACACCGCCUCAGCCAACCACAGAGAGCCCUGCAACACCGCCUCAGCCAAUCACAGAGAGCCCUGCAACACCGCCUCAGCCAAUCACAGAGAGCCCUGCAACACCGCCUCAGCCAACCACAGAGAGCCCUGCAACACCGCCUCAGCCAACCACAGAGAGCCCUGCAACACCGCCUCAGCCAAUCACAGAGAGCCCUGCUGUUGACCCGCCUCCUCCUCCUGCCCCCAGCCAGACUCCGCCUCCACCACCGGACCUGCAGCCAAUCACCGAGAGCCUCCCACAGCAAGAGCCAAUCGGUGAGCCCGACACCGCUGUGCUCUCCUCUGACGUGACCCCUGACCCCGACACCCCCAUUAGUGGCCACGCCCCCUCACUUCCUCCCCCAGACUCACUUCCUGCCGACCCCUCGGAGGCCCCCGCGCUGGAGGAGUGUAGGACCCAGGAGCCGCCGCCCGACCAACAGGCCACACCCACCUCACUGCACGCCUCCACUGAGAGUGUACAGUCAGAGGAUACGUACCUGUAACACACACACACACACACACACACACACACACACACACACACAGAGAGAGUCUCACAUACACACACUCACACACACACACACACACACGCCUCCACUGAGAGUGUACAGUCAGAGGAUACGUACCUGUAACACACACACACACACACACAGAGUCACACACACACACACACACACACAGAGUCUCACACACACACACACGCUCACAUACACACACUCACACACACACACACACACACACACGCCUCCACUGAGAGUGUACAGUCAGAGGAUACGUACCUGUAACACACACACACACACACACACACACACACGCCUCCACUGAGAGUAUACAGUCAGAGGACACGUACUUGUAACACACACACACACACACACACACACACACACACUCACAUAGACACACUCACACACACACACACACACACACACGCCUCCACUGAGAGUGUAGUCAGAGGACACAAACCUGUAACACACACACACACACUCUCACACACACACUCACACGCCUCCUCUGAGAGUAUAGAGUCAGAGGACACUUACCUGUAACACACACACACACACACACUCACACACACACACACACACUCACACACACACACACACACACACACACACACACACAUUGCACUUACAGGUUUAACUUGGCUUUGUUUGAACCUCUGGACCACAGCUCGUAAUUCUCUUUCCUCAUCCUCUUCCUCCUCAUCUUCCUCAUCCUCGUCCUUUUCCUCUUCCUCCUCAUCUUCCUCCUCCUCUUCUCCUCCUCUUCCUCCUCCUCCUCCUCUCCAGGUGUUGACCUUGGGCCAGUCCUCCGCUGACCUCUGAAUGUGUAGCAGCAGCACAGUGCUGUAGCCCAAAUGUAGCAGCAGGCUGCAGUAGAGGCUCAUAGUGGAGCUCACUACAGAGGAACUCGGCCCUUAUACAGAACUAUGGGGAACUAGGGGCCUUAUAAAGAACUAUGGGGAACUAGGGCCCUUAUACAUACCUAUGGGGAAUUAGGGGCCUUAUACAGAACUAUGGGGAACUAGGGGCCUUAUAAAGAACUAUGGGGAACUAGGGCCCUUAUACAGAACUAUGGGGAACUAGGGGCCUUAUACAGAACUAUGGGGAAUUAGGGGCCUUAUACAGAACUAUGGGGAACUAAGACUCAGCUACAUAAAGCUUACAGUGGAAACUGUUACAUACUCUGCUCAGUUACCGUAUCCUUGGUAACAAAGUUCUCUCGCUUGGUUUUGAAAACUCAUUAACUUCCUGUUUUGGAUUUGGUUGCGUAUAAUAAGGAGAAUGUCACAUGUACAGAUUGUGCGUGCGUGCGUGCGUGCGUGCGUGUUGGGAGAUCUAUGCUUUGGGGCAGGGUGGUGAAGGGCAGUUCAGUUGGGGUCAGGGUUCAGGGGUCACAGAGUGCAGCAGGUCAGGAGUGUGACAUGAGGUCAAACUAUACAAGAAUUACAUCAUUCACUGCUGGGUUGUCUGAUUCCUGAUCUCGUCUGAAAAAUGUUUCUUCCCUUUAAUCUAACUCUGACCAUAUGCUCUGCUGGGGAAAUUGGCUGUGUGGGUGUUGAACCUGUUUUGGCCACUAGGGUGCGCCUAACUCUGACCAUAUGCUCUGCUGGGGAAAUUGGCUGUGUGGGUGUUGAACCUGGUUUGGUCACUAGGGUGCGCCUAACUCUGACCAUAUGCUCUGCUGGGGAAAUUGGCUGUGUGGGUGUUGAACCUGGUUUGGUCACUAGGGUGCGCCUAACUCUGACCAUAUGCUCUGCUGGGGAAAUUGGCUGUGUGGGUGUUGAACCUGGUUUGGCCACUAGGGUGCGCCUAACUCUGACCAUAUGCUCUGCUGGGGAAAUUGGCUGUGUGGGUGUUGAACCUGUUUUGGCCACUAGGGUGCGCCUAACUCUGACCAUAUGCUCUGCUGGGGAAAUUGGCUGUGUGGGUGUUGAACCUGGUUUGGCCACUAGGGUGCGCCUAACUCUGACCAUAUGCUCUGCUGGGGAAAUUGGCUGUGUGGGUGUUGAACCUGGUUUGGCCACUAGGGUGCGCCUAACUCUGACCAUAUGCUCUGCUGGGGAAAUUGGCUGUGUGGGUGUUGAACCUGGUUUGGCCACUAGGGUGCGCCUGUUACGCAGAUAUGUCCUGUUACGUGCCUAUGCGUCUCACCCGCACUAAGAACAAUAACUUUAUCUCUGUUGUGAUACUAAGGAAGACUUGUGAAGGUCUUUCCCUCUCUGAGUCUAAACCAUGACAUUUCUCACUCUCUUACUUUAUUUAAUAACCUGCAAUACCAUAACUUGCCUCGGGCUUGCCGCCAUGCCUUUUAUAGGUAUUUUAUACGGGCACAACAUGCAACUGUUCCGACACUAUUUUUGUACAUAAAAUAACUUUUUACCGCUUUUUGACAGAACUAUGCAAAACAUGUAGGCUACGCCAUGUUCACUAAUGCGCUUUGUAGAAACGACCCUAAACUGUUACUUUGUCAAAUGUGUGUAGCUUUGUAGGUGUUGGGAUGCCAUUACAUAAUGUGCAUAUUCUGCAGAAGGCCACUGCUCUCCGAGCAAAGUGCAAAAGAACACUUUUGAUGAUGAGCUGUUCCUAAAGAAACUUCCAUUUCUCAUUGUGGGUAGUGUCCGCUCAUCUGGAGCGGAUGCCUUUUGUACAAAUAAAAUAUUGAAGAGUUGACUGCU